ACGUAUACAUUUUAACCUCAAUGCUGAUUGGGUGUUUGAAAUCAAACUUUCCAGGAUCAGCUAGAUCAACCCCUCGAGGUCCCGUUAGAAACAAAACUACUAAAACACCUAUCCAGAACUCCGAACCAACCACUGAAUCAAGAUCAACAAGGGCUAAAUCUAAAUCAACAACCGCUAAAUCAACCAGCACAAGGUCUACCACCACAAAGGUAACAACAACAGCUAAGCCAAGAACCAUAACUCCAAUCGCAGACAAGUCUACUGUCGUUGAACUAUCGAAAAAUCAGCAGACAACGCGUGUUAAAAAAACAUCAACUAGAUCCACAACUUUUAUCAUUAUGUCGACAAUUCAACAAUCCGUCAAGACUACAAGUACUAGGCCAAAGACAACAAUUGUUCCUAAACCUGUAUCGACAGCCACAUCCAAAUACCCGUCCUCAAUUUCAAGUUCAUCGUCUACAAACACGCCAAUGUCAUCAACGCCAGCUUCAUCAGAGCAAGCAAUAACUCUAUCCACAACGACAUCAACUCCAUCUCCAGCGACAAGUCCAUCUACAACAAACACAGUAACUACGUCUUUAACUACAGCAACUGCAAUCAUUACCAAUACCCCUCCAACGAUAUCGAAUCCAUCUUCUGCAACAACAAUAACAACAACAGCAACCGCAACACCCCCUACAACAAACAUACCAACAACUGAAUCCACAACAACCUAUUCAUCGCCAAAAGCUCCAUCUAUACCAACAACUCCAUCUUCUAGAGUUACAACACCACUUCCAACAACCACAGCUUCAUCUAAAACAACAACAACUGAAACUGAAACAGCGCCACCACCACCAACAACAAAAACUCAGUCAAAAAAGACAACUACAAGGACAACAAUUCAAACUGUAACAUCAACCUCAUCUGCAACUCCGGCUUCAAUGAUAACGACAACAUCAAAUCAAUCUUCCAGAAUAGCUACGAUCACAACGAAAGCAUCAAGCACCACAAUUCCAACGACAACAACUGCAUUCACAUCC